UUAGUCUGUGUCGAGACGCGGUGGCAAUAACGUCGCAGGGAACGCUCGAUACGGCGCGCUCGCCCCGCUCCAAAGGAACUUAUCCCAUUUCAUAUUUAUUUUAAAAAACAACAAUUUUUCGUCUUGAAAAUUGUUUUGUUUGCCGCGAUAUCGGGAUUUCAUAUUCGAUUGUUCGUGUACUCAUCGAAACGGGCGGUAUUUCGUGUUUUUGUGGAAAAAAUCGUUUCUAACCUCGUUGUUCAGCACGUGUGAAAGAAUUUUAAUCAUUCAAGCGUCGUAUAAAUGAUGAAAAAUCAUAGUCACCAAGCAAAACAGUGCCAAUUUCGUAAAUCUCGUGUCGAAUACGAAUAAUGAACGUAAUUAUUGAAAUCACAAGCUUCGAUGACCAGUGAGAGAGGGAAAAACGUUUGAAACUCGAAUGGAAUACUGAUUGCGAGGAUUAAUCAUCAGUUUCGUUCGUUCGCACAUUUAUUUGCAAGCGUUGAGAUAUCGCCGAGUCCGCUCGAUUAAAACCUCAACUGCGGAAAUGCGGUGAAUUCGUUCGGGAAAUAAAGUGCGUGCUCCAGAAGCUCCCGAAAUUCUUCGUUCCGACGACACGAAAAUUCGCCUACUUUUUCAUAACGAAUCUUCGUAAUAAAUAAACACAAAAAUUGUUCAACGCCCGAUAAACGUCGUGAUACUCAGAGACGAAAAUGAAGGUCGAAGGCAACAGCUCCCGGGAGGACGAUGGCAACGGGAUUCUCCUGCAGCCUCGCAAAGGCUCGAUCGUUCGGCUCCAGAUAACUCCUGCCAAACAAAAAACCAUAACGCAUUUGCCGAAGAGACCGCCGGUCGAUUUGGCCUUCACGGAUCUGACUUACACCGUACGAGAGGGACGAAAAAACACUGAAAAAACGAUCCUGAAGUCGGUGAGUGGCCGGUUACGAUCCAGCGAACUUACCGCAAUCAUGGGACCUUCGGGAGCCGGGAAAUCGACGCUUCUCAACAUUCUCACUGGCUACAAAACGAGCGGAGUCGAAGGUAGCAUCACAAUGAACGGUCACGAGAGGAAUCUAAGUGCGUUCAGAAAGCUUUCGUGCUACAUUAUGCAGGACAAUCAGCUGCACGGAAAUCUUACUGUCGAGGAGGCCAUGAAGGUGGCAUCGAGUCUGAAACUGAGUAGCAACCUCCCUAAAACUGAGAAAGAGGAAGUGAUCCAAGAAAUUCUCGAGACUCUUGGAUUGGCCGAGCAUCGACGUACGAUGACCUCGAACCUGAGCGGCGGACAAAAAAAACGGCUCUCCAUAGCCCUUGAACUGGUCAACAACCCUCCCAUCAUGUUCUUCGACGAGCCGACGAGUGGCCUAGAUUCAUCCUCCUGUUUCCAAUGCAUCUCGCUGCUGAAGACACUUGCUCGGGGUGGACGUACGAUAAUAUGUACGAUACAUCAGCCAAGUGCUCGUUUGUUCGAGAUGUUCGACGCCCUUUAUACUCUGGCCGAAGGUCAGUGCGUUUAUCAAGGCUCGACCUCACAACUCGUACCGUUUCUACGAUUCCAGGGGCUCAAUUGUCCGAGUUAUCACAAUCCGGCAUCUUUCAUUAUCGAAGUUGCCUGCGGCGAAUACGGCGACAAUAUCAAGACCCUCGUGAAUGCAAUUAAAAAUGGAAAGCACGAUAUUCGCGCGGGUCAACCGUUUCCCGAUCUCAAAGGAGAGCCCCUGAACAACUCGGUCGUGUCAACCGAAAACGAAAGAACCGGUUGGAAGUAUGGUUUAACGAAAAAUCCGGAAGAAAUGAAAGAAAUCGUCAGCAAGGACAAAAAUGACGUCAGUACGAUCGAAGACAAAUUUCCGGAGAAUAAAGCCAACGAAGUUGCCAACCUUAAUAUCAUUCCAAGUUCGACGACGAAUGAUAUCGUUAAACAAGACGAGACUACAUUAGCGAUUGAAGAGAAGAAGGAUAACGUUGAAAUGUCUCUCCUGGAUGAAACGAUGGUCGUUACGCCUAAAAGAUAUCCAACUUCGGAGUUCAAGCAAUUUUGGAUCGUACUGAAAAGAACUCUACUUUUCAGUCGAAGAGAUUGGACUCUCAUGUAUCUUCGAUUAUUCGCACACAUUCUUGUUGGCUUUUUAAUUGGCGCUCUGUACUACGAUAUUGGAAACGACGGAGCUAAAGUAUUGAGCAACUUGGGCUUUCUAUUCUUCAAUAUGCUCUUCCUUAUGUACACCUCGAUGACAAUAACGAUUUUAUCUUUUCCUUUGGAAAUGCCAGUUCUUACGAAAGAAAAUUUCAAUCGAUGGUAUUCACUGAAAUCGUAUUAUCUUGCGAUUACCGUCUCCGACAUCCCUUUCCAGUCGAUAUUCUGCAUAAUUUAUGUAGUAAUAGUAUAUUUCAUGACGAGUCAACCGACAGAAGUAAUGAGAUUUAGUAUGUUCCUUGGAGCUUGUUUGCUCAUAUCUUUCGUCGCACAAUCGAUUGGACUCGUAGUAGGAGCAGCAAUGAACGUGCAAAACGGGGUUUUCCUGGCACCGGUUAUGUCGGUGCCGUUUCUUCUGUUUUCUGGAUUUUUCGUCAGUUUCGAUGCCAUACCAGUUUACCUACGAUGGAUCACGUAUCUCAGUUAUAUCCGAUACGGUUUCGAGGCUACUGCUUUGGCAACUUAUUCAUUCGCGCGACAGAAGCUCAAGUGUCGACAGGUGUACUGUCACUUCAAAGAUCCACAAACGACGCUCGAAGAGUUGGACAUGCUGGACGCCGAUUUUACCCUUGACAUUCUAGCCCUGAUUCUCAUAUUCGUCGUUUUAAGAAUCGCGGCCUACAUGUUCCUCCGUUGGAAAUUGAAAGCAGUUCGAUAAGGGUGAUUGGAUAGUUUUCCACGAGCUCGUGAAAAAAAAAAUGGAAAUUGUGAAUAGGCGGAAAAUGUGCAAAUUGCAUUUGCACCAAAAAGAAGGAGAAGGAAGGAAUUUAAACAAGACAAUCGAUUGGUUAUGGUUAACGAGCCAAUUUUGUAGGAACAAUGAUCAAAGAAAGAGUCAUUGUGGGCACAGAUUGGCUGCGGUGAUUUCAAUUAAAAUGUGGAGCUUGUCGAUCAAAUUGACCGAUCUCACUUGAGCGAGCAGGGAAUGAUCGAGCAAAGUCGUUUUCUUGAAAGAUUUUCUAAUCGUGUGAGUUACGUCGUACUUCAAGACAUUCGAGUUUGUUUCGAACGUCAAUGAGCUCUCUGGAACGAGGGAGUAGCAGGCGAUCCCAUAAGUUGUAACAAUUUAAUUUCACCAGAGAUUCGGUGAUUCAACGUAAUUUAUUUGCUUUUAAUUUUAACAAAAAGGACACGAAGAUAAGAAAAAACGGCGGAGUGACCGUUGUUGCGACGUAUUCGUUGUUCAGGGUACUUUCUUUCUUUUUUUAUUGUUACGUUCAUCCAACUAAUUGUUUUUAGUCAACUCUAAUGCAGGUACCGUUAAAUCUAUAGAGGCUGCGGGCUUUUUUCGUUCAUUUCUCUUUCUCUGUCUCUUUUCUUCGCUCCCCGUCCACUUUUUGUUGAAGACCCAUUUUUUCUAUGACUAUAUUGAAGCGGGGUCUCACAAGUGCAAUUACUCAAUUAAUAAUAACGUUGUAAUUAUCACGAGCUCAGCAUGAGACAUAAAAAUUGCCAAUGGCUGUGAUCACCGUUGUGAAGAUGAUAAAAAAAAAAAAAAUCGUUCGUUUCUUUACCAACCGUGAUGAUAAUUGGAAGCGAAUUUGCAAAUGAAAUAAUCAUGUACUCUUUAGAACCUCCGUCGAGUGAAGAAUUUCAAAGCAUUAAAAAAAACAAAACAAUGUAAAUAUCGAAUAUAUAAUUUUUUCUAUUCUCGCCCCAUGACGAAAGCGCGGGCUUACAAAUGUUACGUCAUUGCAGAAAACUUGCACAAGACGAAACAAUCUUUAAAAAAAUCGUUUUGUGAUCACGAGACAAAAAAGCAACAAUAGGAGAGAAGAAUGGAGGGAGAGAGAGAGAGAGAGAGAGAGUUUCAAAAUUACAAAUCCACGAAAGAUAUGAGCACUUCUCGUUACAUUCAAAAGAAACAUUUUUGUUUCCCGAUUUAUUUAUACGUUUUUUUUUAAAUAUAAAACUUCGUCAAAGUUACUAUAUUUGACAACUUUUACCUUCUUCGCUGCCGAAUACGUUUUCUAAACUUUUUUCUCGUCCGAAGCACCGAAAAACGAUUCUCAUUGUGCAAUCAACUUUUGCACGGAAAUGCAAAUAUGAAUGUAAAUGUAAAAAGUUAUAAUCUCUAUGAAAAUGUAUGAAUUUUGAUAAAGUUUGAAAAACCUGAAAGAAAAUGUGACGAAUUUUCGAAAUAAUGAGACGUGCCCAUUUCCUUUUAUACUUAUAGUCUCGCUACGACGUAAGUUUAUUUCGUACACAUUGCGAAUGUGUACGGAGUACAACAUCUUGCCAGGUCUAUCGUACACAGGUUGAAAACCAAAUCGAACUAACUUUUUAUAAGAGAAUAAAUGAAACAAAAAAGAAAACGAUAAAAAAACGUUAUAUAUAUUAUAUAUAUAUUGUGCAUAGUUUUAAAGUGUAUAUUUUUUAGUACGAUAUAGAAACUGUGAAACGAAAAAAGGAGUUUAAUCAAUGCUGUCAAACGUUUUGUUGGAUAUGCUGAAAUAAAUGUCUCGUCGAUUUUUCUUGACGAUUCCAUUCAUGUACAUUCGUUCAAGAAUAGGCUGUUGAAGUAUUCGAUUAAAUUCACCAAAUUAUUAUUAAAACGAGUGCAAAUGAAAUAUUUAACUCAAUGAUCAAACGUUUAUUUCGACGUAUCCGACAACGUUUUUGAAGAGUCCACUCGUGUCACGGUCAAUUGCCUUAAUAAUUCGAACUCUAUCACCAGUUAUCCGUUGUUAUUAAGUUUCAUCGCUUGAACAGCGGUUCCUCAAUCGGACAACGCGUAUUUUUCAUCCGAUCGAUACAAUUUUUCAUAAGUCGCCUUUUAUUAUACGAUUAAAAAAAGAUACAAAAAAAGUGGAAAUUA